AAGGACUGAGAGCAUAUUUCCAUUCUGGAGAACUGGGAGACUUUUCUCAUGAAGUGUUGGGAAGAUGUUUUUAAGCUCUGGAUUCAAUCAUUCCACAGACAAGAAGAUGUUCUUAGCCAGCUCGGGCUGAUGAAGUAUUUCCCCGACAGGAGCGUGAGGUGCACAUGUGUCUGAGAUCUUCAUGCGUCGGAUAAUUCUGACGGUCCAGCCGACAUGGAGCGCAUGAACAGGAAUAAAGUGGAACACGGGCGACAGACGCACCAGGUCUUGCAGAGCACUCCUUUAGACCUGAUCGAGACUGGCAAGUCCCUGAAAGUCCAGGCAGAGCGCCCCCACCUGGUUAGUCUGGGAAGUGGACGCUUGAGCACAGCCAUCACCUUGCUGCCACUGCUGGAAGGGAGGACCACGCUAGGCAGUGAGGGGACAGACAUCCCCCUGCAGGGCCCCGGCAUCGCAGCCCAGCACUGCUACAUUGAAAACAAAGCAGGCAGCAUCACCUUGUAUCCAUGUGGGAACCAGUGCUCCGUAGAUGGCCUCCCCAUCUCCAAACCUUAUCGCCUGACACAAGGGUGCAUGCUGUGUUUUGGCCAGUCUGCCUUUUUCCGCUUCAACCAUCCAGAGGAGGCCCUGCGGAUGAAGAGCAUGCUGCCUGGAGGACUGAGCACCGCAAGACCUCAUCCUACUGACUCCCACAGUGUCCUGAAUGGGAGCCAUCAGUCCUUUUCCAGCAACGGCGACUCCAAAACCAACAACGUAGCAAAGAACGUCCAGGACUCUUCGGUGCUGAAUGUCUCAUCAGCGUCAGGAUCUGGUAAACAGCCUAUUCCACAGCCCUCCCCACCAAACAUGCUCAAUGGGAGAAACAGCUCCAUGAAAGAGGACUCCAUUUACGAAAACAGCAGCAGCUUUCUGAGCCAGAACCUCGGCAACAAAACCCCUCCAGUACCUGCCAGGUCCGCUCAAACCAACCACACUCCUGUCCCUCAUCCAAGGACCUCACUCUCUGUGGCCUCAAGCAGGACUAGUGGUGGUCAGAGGGCUCAGGAGAGCCCAAAGCUGCUUAGGAAUGUGAGAGCAGAGGCCACAUCCAGCCUCACUCUACCUAGCAGGGGGUCAGGACAGGCCACAGAAAACUCCAGCCUGAGUCAUAAACCAUCCUCCGUCAAAAUUUCCCCAACAGCUCCAUCCAGCCCUCGAGUUCGAGGCUCCUCUCUACAGAAGAGAUCCCCCAGCCCUAUGAGAGAUCAGCACCUGUCUCAUGUCGACGCCCCCCAAAGGCUCAGGACUCCUGAGCCGACUGGGUCCACCAGCCUGAGAGAGCUUCCUCCUCUCAGCCCUUGCAUGUCCCACAGAGGGACCCCGGGAUCACAGGGCUUCACUGCUAAACCUGUCCCCGAGAGCCCCCAGGGACCCCGCAAACACAUAGCUCCUUCAAAAGCAGAAGCCAUGAGGGCACUGUAUGCCCAGAGUCCAUCGUCCCUCUCUGGGCUGGAGAAGGAGGCUGGAGGGAGGCAGUUAAGGCCUGGUCCAGGCUGUGCCAUCAAAUCCGGCCUGGGCUCUCUGUCCGGUUCGUCUCCUCUUGGUAGCCCUCAUAGCCAAAGAAAGACCCCCUGCAUGACCGUGAAAGGAUCUUCCAGCAAGGAACAGAGUCUUACGAAACCAUACACCCGGGAACGCAAAAACAGCAUAUCUGAGAUCAGUGACAACGAGGACGAGCUGUUGGAAUACCACCGCUGGCAGAGAGAGGAGAGGCUGCGUGAGCAGGAAAUGGAGAAACUGGAGCGACAGAGGCUGGAGACCAUCAUCAAUCUGUGUGCAGGGUAUAAUCAUGAGGACAGUGCUGUGGAGCUGGCUGAGGUGGUGAGGAGCGGGCUGUUGGGGGGCGCCACAGGAACCUGCUCUGACACAGGAGCUGGGAUGUCCCUUCAGGGGAUAGACAGACCCCAGAGGGCGAGGGAGAACGAUGAGGAAGCCCAGAGAGAGGAGUCCAGCAGCACAGAGAGCACACAUCAAGAGUGUGAGGAGCUGUUAGCCGGUCAGGACCAGGUCCACCUGGAGGAGGAGAGGAACAGGAUCUUGGCCAGGGUUGAUGACUUGAAGCACAGAGUCAGUGAACUGGAGCAGCAGCUACAAGAGACCAAACAGGAGGUGGAGAUGGAGCAGGCCCUGCUGCAGGCAGAGAGGCAGGCGGAGCAGGAGCAGGUGGAGGCUGAAACUGAAAUCAUCUCUCAGCUGCAGCUCAAACUCAGCCAGCUGGACAAGGCCACCCAGAAAGAGAAGGACAAGGGGAGGGCUAAUAUGUCGGCUGAGCGGAAGGUCCUGGAAAAGCAGAGGAAUGAGUACAAUGAGCUGAAGAGGCAGUUUGAUAAGUGCCCCUUGUCUCUAAGGGAACAGUUACAGGAGCAGCUCAGCAGGAAAGCUGAAGCUCUGGAAGUUGGGACCAAGCAGUUUGAGGAGCUGGAGUUCUGCCAGCUGGAGGAGGAGAGCAGCCUGGAGGAGAAGAAGGAGACGCAGAGCUCACAGCUUCUCCAAGAGCGAGCCGACUAUCACUGCAGCGUGGCCCAGAGGAAGGAGAAGAUGGGCGCUCUGGAGGCUCAGGUGAAGCAGCUGGGGUUACAGGCAGCUCGAGACUGUGAGAGGAUGGCUAAAGACAGGACACUGACUCUGCAGCUGUUGCACAAGGAACAGGACAGGUUGUGUGCCCUGGAGAGGAGAUACCAAACCUUGACAGGAGGCAGGAACUUCCCAAAGGCCAACAUCACUAUGAAAGAGAGCCAGCCUGAGCUGAGCAGGAAUGCAAUGUGUCCUAUUAACCUCGAGCGCUGGUACCAGGACAUCAUGGCUGCUGGAGAGCCUCAGUCAUGUCCUCCACCACUGCCUGCAAAGUCUUUUUCCACACGCAGACAGGGGCAGCUAUUGAAGUCCAGAUCCGAUGGCGAGGUCGGACAGGCAGCAUCAUGCACAGCUGCAGCCCUGCCACACUCUGGUGGUGCCGCUCAUGAGAAAAAUGCAUCCACCAGGGGGUUGCAGUUAAUGCUGAGAGAGAUGUCAAACCCAUUAGACAUGGACUCCAGGAGGCAGCUGCCUCUGCAGAGCAAAGAUCUGUCUCCCACAGUCCAUCACUCCAUCCUGCACCAUCAGUCGCCACCGAGUGGCAGCCAAGCGUACGACACCCUGAGCCUGGAGAGCUCAGACAGCAUGGAGACCAGCGUCUCCACCGGCAACUCCGCCUGUACUCCAGAAAGUGCCUGUGGGUUAGAGGCCCAGAGAAUAGAGGAGAUGGAGAAGAUGCUGAAGGAGGCGCAGCAGGAGAAAGCCAGGCUGAUUGAGAACCGAGAGAGGGAGGUGCAGGCUCGGCGGCAGAUGUUGGAGGAGGAGCGGAGGAGGCGAGAGGAGGCCGAGAGGAGGCUUCAGGAUGAGACGGCCCACAGGCAGAGGCUGGUGGAGGAGGAGGUGAAGAUGAGAGAGAAACACUUCUCCCAGGCCCGUCCGAUGACGCGCUACCUGCCGAACCGUAAGGAGGAGUUUGACCUGCGUGCCCACGUGGAGUCGUCCGGCCACAGCAUCGACACCUGCCCCUUCGUCAUCCUCACAGAGAAGAUGUGCAAGGGCCACCUGGUGAAGAUGGGCGGCAAAAUCAAGUCAUGGAAGAAACGCUGGUUCGUUUUUGACCGUCUCAAGAGGAACUUCUCGUAUUACGUGGACAAGCAUGAGACCAAGCUGAAAGGGCUCAUUUACUUUCAGGCGAUUGAAGAGGUUUAUUACGAUCACCUGCGCAGUGCCACCAAGAGUCCCAACCCGUCUCUGACCUUCUGUGUGAAAACCCACGACCGCCUCUACUACAUGGUGGCCCCGUCCCCGGAGGCCAUGAGGAUCUGGAUGGAUGUCAUAGUAACGGGUGCCGAGGGCUACACGCAGUUCCUGAGCUGAGGGACCACUGGGUGACAGAUCUGGAGGAAGACAGGGAGUGAGCGAGCACCCAGACACCUGCGAGCCGACCUGAGCUGCUCCCCGCCGGAGCUGGACGACACGCUGCCUCAUGGUGUGUGAAACGGAUGGACAUGUGAAGAGACAAAUAAUCUGGGGCUCUCAUAAAAAGCCUGAAGCCUUCGAGCAAAUGAGGGCUUAGUAAUGACACCGGUGCUUUUGAAAGAAUUCAUGAGUUGUAUUUAUGUUUCAGCCGCUGUGAGAAGGAAAAUGAUUUGAGCCAAUGGAUCUAUGAAGGGAGCUCUCAAUUAGUUCAAUCACAUUCUGUUACCAAAAUGUUAAUAAUUACAGUAGGAUUUAUGAGGUUUCAGGAGGAACACUUACUUCAUAUAAGCACCUGUGAAGCUGAUGUGCGCAUGCAGUGUUAUCACUCUAACUGAUGCCUUUUUUUCCCCCUUUUUGAUACAUUUCUACUUUUUCCCUUGAGUUUGUUAACUUUUCUCGGACGACUAAAUAAUCUCUUAUCAUUUCAAAAUGCUUAAAGAGUCAACAAAUUUUAGUAUUAAAUAUUUUAAAAGAGUCACAUGUUACUUAUACAAUGAAACAUUACUUGGUGCCAAAUACUUUAUGUAAUGUUUUGUCAGAUUUUUACAAUACAAAUGUUCAUAUGACUGUUCAGUGACUAUAUAUAUAUCGUUCCAAGGGCUUUUCAUUCAAGCAGAUAACAGAGCAUUUACAUGUUAGUAUUUUACAUGAAUAUGUCAAAGAAAACAUUCUAUUAACAUUUUUAAAAAUCAUAAAUUAUAGCCCAGUAAAAAUAUUAUAAAACUGCCAUGUACAUCUAAUAAAUAAAUAUAUAUAUA